AUGAGCCUGGCGCGAGGCACUAAAUGGGCGGUGAGCUUCACCAAGGGGAAGAAAACCCCAAUCAGCACAUUCCGAGGGUGGAAAAGAAAAGACAAAUAUGAUGACCUGGAGAAUAAACACCUUUACUGGUCCAUCAACAACAUGAAGAGGGAAUUUCUGGAGGGAAAAACGAGUGAUAAUUUUGUCCACUCCAUCGAGAAGGACAAAAUGGAAGAGCACAUUUCAGACAUAGUAGGGAUUAACUCUUCCAUCCCGGAUAAUAAGGCCAUAAAUGAAGGCUUGCAGAAAUGUCUUCCCAGAGAAACAGGCACAGGGGAAUACAUUCCAAAGGACAAGUUGGAGAAAAUAAGUCAGAUUUUUAACCCGACUUUAAAGAUGUUUGUCGAUAAAGAAGAGGGAGACGAUGAUUUGUCCGUCAGCUCUCUGUUGAGAGGUUCCACAUGGGGGAAGCAACAUUCCAAGGGUUCGGAAUUUCUCAGGAAUUCUCCCCCAGGGAGGAUAAAAAGGGAGGAAGGAGCAAGAGAAGAACGAGCGAGAGAAGAAGAAAAAGGUGAGAUGUUCACAAAAAUUUCAUCUUGUAAGGAGAAGGAAGAGGGGAAAUUUGACCAACCGUGGAGUGAAGCGUCAUACGCACAGAGAGGUGAAAACGUCGUGAGAGAAACGGAAAAAAGGGAAAUCACAAGUGGGGUUGCAAUCCCUGAUAAGUUCGAGUCAAAUGUUAGAAGCAGCAGUUUUCAAGUUAAAAGACCUAACUGCGGAAGAGGGGGGAGAAAUAAACAGAAGGAUGAAGCGGCGAAUACCACCAAGCAGACCAUCACUGAAGAGCAAUACAACUUCCCUAGCAACGACCAACAUAAGGAGGAAUCCAUUUUCGACUAUGAAAGUCUGAAGGGGAAGGGACUAUACCAAGACUUAACACAUGACGAAUAUCAACGCAUGAAUGACUUGUACAUUAAAAAGUGCGACGUGGACAGAAAAAUCAGAUGGUUCAAAAUGAGUAGCAUUCUUAACCCCAUUAAAGAAGCAAAGAGCAUUGUAAAUGCGCAACGGUUAAGUGAGGACGAAAAGGGAAAGAAAAGGAAGAAGAAUGGGAAGGGGGAGCUGGAGGACAAUAUAGAAGCGGAGGAGUCAAUUAGCCAAGUGAGAAGCACAAAACAGAUGGAGGAAUUCCCCAUCGAAGAAGACAUCAAACCGUAUUACCAAGAGGAAGGAAACUUCUCUCAAAAAAUAAAGAAAAUAUGUGAGCAAAACCAGUAUGAUGAAAUCGUGUCGAGAAUUCGAAUGAAAAUCAGAAAAGAAAAAAUGGAAAAUUCAAAAAUAAUGAAAGAGAAAAUACCAAACGUAGCUAGACAUAUCUUAGAUCCGAUAAAAUAUCAUGUGAAUAGAAGAAGAGUACGGACAGAAAAACUAUUACACACUCACUUGGAGCAGUUACUGAAUUGUAACAAUGCAUAUUUCCGAUUUUAUUUACUAAAUGGCUUGUCCAUUUCGAUUCACCACUUGGAAAUGAAGUCGACGAGAUCUUUAUGUAAAAUUGUGUAUACGUUAUUAAAUAAAAACGUCCAUCACGACAUGAUAAAGGAUAAGCUGGACAAAGUUGCUUUUGUUUUGAGGAAGUUACUAGCGAGAAAACUUCAGCUGGGAUAUACUCCCCCCUUGAAAUUUGUUCCCUUACAAGAGGAACAGGAAAAGAAGGUGAAAAAUUUGCACUACUAUAAACUGUAUGCAAAAUAUAACUACCCCACUUUGGAGACCUCCAAUGUACGCGAGAGGGGGGCGCAGCUCAUGGAUUUUUACGGGAAAGAUUUGGCCGGCUUCUGA